GGAAACGCCCAAGUAUUUGGGUAAACAUGAUGUGCGAGCCUGUGACUGCCCUAAUCGAGCCCAGGACUCAUGGCUGAUCAAGAGAGUGACGCCUCAGCCCAACCAUGAAAUCCGAGCAGUAUUGGCAGGCCUUUAGCCUAGAAUAAAAUCAACCGAGCUGGGCUCUGAAAGAAAAUUUUGCUGUAAUCUUCUCGACAAUCAUUUUCCACCUGUUGCAUUUUUGGACAUCUUCCGGUUCGAGAUAAUCUUUGGUCCCCCCCACUGUCUCUAUACCUCGAAAAAUCUAAGCUCUCGUAAAACUCAGAGUAAAAUUACCUCUUCAAAUGACCACAGGCAUGGUCAUGGCCUCAACAGUUUCAACUGCCGCAUUCUUGUUCACAUCUUCUGUUAGCUCGAAAUCAACUAACUGCUCCUUGUCUCCUUUGGUUUCAUGUUCCAAAGCCUCGACUUUCCGUUUAUACAAGUGGUUUCCUCAGUUGGGUCCAUCACUUUUUUCUCAAUGGAGUGGUCUAAAGCAUCUGAGCAUUUCAAUCUCCCCAAAAUCUGUUAAAUUAGAAAAGAUCAGAAGAAGUAAAGUUAAGGUGGUUCAUGCAUCUCUAUUUGGGGUUGGAGCUCCUGAGGCUCUGGUUAUUGGGGUAGUUGCUUUGUUGGUGUUUGGUCCCAAGGGUCUGGCUGAGGUUGCUAGGAAUCUGGGAAAAACAUUGCGUGCAUUUCAACCCACCAUUAGAGAACUUCAGGAAGUUUCAAGGGAAUUCAAGAGCACCCUUGAGCGGGAGAUUGGUCUUGAUGAGAUGUCAAGUUCAACACAAAAUACACUGAAUAGAAACAGUCCCUAUCUAAGUAACUCUACCCCAACCCCUUUAUCAGUUGCCAGCACUGAGGAAUCUGGUACCAAGGCUGACCCCAAUGGUACUUCAUCUGUGAAUGAGGCUUAUACUAGUGAAGAGUACCUAAAGAUCGCACAAGAGCAGCUAAAAGCUUCAGCAUCUCAACAGCAGGGCCAGACUGCCUCCCCUGGAGAAAGCCAGUUAGAAUUCCAAAAUCAACAUGAAGCUACUCCCAAAGAAACUGCCGCUGCGAUGCCUCCAUCUCAGAAACCUGAAAACGAGUCACGUAAUCCCAUGAAGUGAGAAUGAUUGAGUUAUCCAUUAAUAUUACAGAAGCCUCAGAGUAAGGGAAUAAACCUCCUCGAAAAAUAUAAAUGGAGAAAGAAACACAGCUUUUUGUCCCUUUUUUUUCUUCUAAAUUUUGGUUAAAUGACUGUAAAUUAGUUCUUGCAAUUGUCUGUAGUCAGCAAGAGUAAUUGUACAACAUUUUCAUAUCAAGUUCCAUUUCAGUGGAGGAAUGCCGACUUUUGGGAUGGUGAAUGUGAAUCCUCUUUAUUUCUUUUGUUCACUUCUAGAGAUGUUUGCAUUCUAGCUAAAAAUUUUUUGGAAUAUAAAAUAUCUGUGGACCUCUCAUUUGUCUGGCUUAUUUCGUUCCAAUUUUUCUAUCAACAUUUUUAAGUCUUAUAGCAUUAUUCGAGUUGUGGGCUUGAUUCGGACUUUGAAGCCCCAAUUGAAGUAUUCAUUAGGACAUUGAUUUUGGCAUAAGCCCAUUGAAGUGUAGGAUCUAUAAAUUGUUUUAUUUUUUAUUUUUGUUACUUUGAA